UUUGCGAUUGGCUGGACUCUUAGCGUGUGAUGGCGACCAACAUCAUGGUGACCCCGUGGAGAGCCGCUGCAUCUAAAGUUUCAUGUGUUUUCUCACAAGUUAGGGCUGAUAGUUGCCAUGUUAUGCUAUCACCAGCCUGGUCGGCUCGAGUCACGGUCAUACCAACUACCCGUGGUGGUCCACUCUGUGCUAUUCACCGACAGUACAGCUUCAUGACAAAUUUGACUGCAAAUGCUCUAUGGAAAGGAGUGACAAGUGUAAGUGCAGCAGGAAAAAAGCGAGGAAGAGGCAAGAAAAUCCACAGCAAAAGUGUCAAGGAUCUCAAUCGAGGACAGAGACUAGGGACAGGUCGGGCAAAUAUAGUCUGGCCAGGCUUAAAUGCCCCAGUAUUUAGAGGCAAGGAAAUUGUAGAAAUGAGACAGCUACCUCCAGACCCUGACCGUGAAGCAGAGCUUAUACGUAUCCGAGAUGCUAUGGACAAGUUUAGGCCAGUUAAAAUUCCACCCAUAGAGCGAGGCUGGACAGGAGCGAAGAUGCCGGGCAGAAGUGUUGGACCACCGGACCCUGUAGGAGAUGAGAAGUUUGAAGGGUUUGACACCAAAGUAUUAGAGUUUAAAACUGUGUUUACCAUGAGUGCCAACUUGGGACGAAAGCGACGAGUCAGUGCCUUUGUGGUUGUUGGCAAUGGUAAUGGCCUCGCAGGUUAUGGACUAGGGAAGUCACCGAAUGGGAAGGCUGCAAUCAGAAAGGCAAAGAAUCGGGCAGCGCAGAAGUUGCAGUUUGUGGAACUGUACAAGAAUCACACAAUUUACCAUGAUAUCUUUACACAAUUUUUCUACACCAAGGUCUUCCUAAAACGAAAGCCAGAAGGAUAUGGACUUGUGUGUCAUCGAGCGAUUCGCACCAUAUGUGAAGUAAUCGGAAUCAAGGACAUGUACGCUAAGGUUGAAGGAGCGACCAAUGUUCAGAACAUCACUAAGGCACUUCUCACAGGUUUAACACAGCAGGAAACACACGAACAGCUGGCAGAGAGGAUGAAGCUACUGGUGGUGGAGCAGAGAGAAGAGAGGGAUGACCUUCCUGUUGUCAUUGCCGAGCCCAGCCAGUGCCAGCAGGUGAGGGACAAGAUAGCAGCAGAUGAGGAGCACGACUAUGACAUGAUCCACAGCAAGGGGCGCGUGGAACUCAUCAAGCCGAAGUCGCUGCCCUUCUAUGCGAAGUUCGAUAGCUACAAGAAGAAGAUGAAACGUCUGGCUGCCUUCAGGAACCAACGCCAACGACAGAUCCAAAUUUGGGCAUCGCAGCAGCAGUGAAAAUGUACACUCGUCGUUAACACACGCUGGAAUGCAUCAUCAGGUGGCGCCACCGAUCCAAGCAACGGUCUAGAAGUGGGUGUAAAAUGUCUGUCGAUUGAAGGUACAAUGUGCAAGUAGUACAUGAGAGGAAAUCUGUUGUACGCACCUGUUGAAACCGCGUAAGAUGGUGAAACAUUGCAGAAACACUUGGCAAUGUAGAGCACCCCUAAGCACGUGGUGAGGUGAUCGAUGUGACUAGCAAAGUUUUAUAUGUAUCAAGGAGAAUUGAUUGCAAGCAGUGUAGUCGUUUUAAUUGGCUUAUAGACUUUCCAAAAUUGUUCAUGGGAACAAACUUGUGCACAAGACUGCAAUUAUGCUUGAUAUAAAUGCAUAGAGUAAGAACUGUGGAGUUACAUAGACACGCGUCUUUUGUAUCUCGUAGCAGUGUGGGAAAAAUGAAAUUUGACAGAACACAUUUUUCUACAUGCCUGGAAGAUACGUUUCUGUAAUUCUCUAAUCUGUUGCAUGAAAUUAUCACACUACGAAUUAAAAACUAGCGUUCCAAUAGGAAAGUCUAAUAUGGUUGUCACUUUCGUCUGUGAAUUAGUCAUGUACAUACACUGUAUCAAAAAGAAAAUAAUAAGAAUUUGUUUAAACCGAAAUUUUCGUUUUAUAUUAGUAAUAUAAAUCUGUACAGCAUAUUAUAGUAUCAUAUAGUAUAGUGUAGGUUUAUAUUAGUAACAUAAAUUUGCAUCAUAUAUAUCACAUUUAUAAUUGUUCAAAAUACAUUCUAACAUAGAAUAAAGGUAACAUAAAUGCAAGAAUGGGUAAUUAUUAGAAAACAUGAUAAAACUACUGUUUUGGUUAAAAUGGUGUUACUACACAUAAUAUGCAAAAGUAUUUUAUUAUACAUUUAUAUUCUUUAUAAUUGUGAUAUGCUUCGUGACAAUGCGCGUGGCAUACGCACCAUAACAUAAGUGAUAUAAUACUGGCUUGAAAUUGGCAUUAAACAUACCAGUAUGGUUUCAGAAUAUAGACACAUUUCAAUA